GGCAGCUCCUGGGUGCAGGUGCCAGGUAGGUGGCUCCGGCCAGCCCAGCCCCAGCAUGAGCUCCUUCGACCUGCCGGCGCCCUCCCCACCUCGCUGCAGCCCCCAGUUCCCCAGCAUCGGCCAGGAGCCCCCCGAGAUGAACCUCUACUAUGAGAACUUCUUCCACCCACAGGGCGUGCCCAGCCCUCAGCGACCCUCCUUCGAGGGGGGCGGCGAGUAUGGGGCCACCCCCAACCCCUACCUCUGGUUCAACGGGCCCACCAUGACCCCGCCACCCUACCUGCCCGGCCCCAACGCCAGCCCCUUCCUGCCCCAGGCCUAUGGCGUGCAGAGGUCGCUGCUGCCAAGCGUGUCGGGGCUUGGGGGGAGCGACCUGGGCUGGCUGCCCAUCCCUUCGCAGGAGGAGCUGAUGAAGCUGGUGCGGCCCCCCUACUCCUACUCGGCUCUCAUUGCCAUGGCCAUUCAUGGGGCACCCGACAAGCGCCUCACCCUCAGCCAGAUCUACCAGUACGUGGCGGACAACUUCCCCUUCUACAACAAGAGCAAGGCCGGCUGGCAGAACUCCAUCCGCCACAACCUGUCGCUCAACGACUGCUUCAAGAAGGUGCCCCGGGACGAUGACGACCCGGGCAAAGGGAAUUACUGGACCCUGGACCCCAACUGCGAGAAGAUGUUCGACAAUGGAAAUUUCCGCAGGAAAAGGAAGAGAAAAUCAGAUGUUUCCUCCAGCACAGCCACCUUGGCCUUAGAGAAGACAGAGAGCAGUCUCCUGGCAGGCAGCCCCAAGACCACAGAGCCUCAGGACAUCUUGGAUGGAGCCUCACCAGGGGGCACCACCAGCUCCCCAGAGAAGCAGCCCUCCCCUCCGCCAUCAGGCACCCCUUGCCUUCACAGCUUCCUCUCCUCUAUGACAGCCUAUGUGAGCGGGGGGAGCCCCACGAGCCGCCCCUUGGCCACACCAGGACUGAGCCCCGAGCCCAGUGACAAGACGGGGCAGAACUCACUGAGCUUCAACUCCUUCUCCCCGCUCACCAACCUCAGCAGCCACGGCGGUGGGGGUGACUGGGCAAACUCCAUGCCCACCAACACGCUCGGCUAUGGAGGAUCUGUGCUCGGCCAGUUCAGCCCUCACUUCUACAACAGUGUCAACACCAAUGGUGUCCUCUACCCCAGGGAGGGCACUGAGGUCUAGGUACAGAACAGCUCCUGAGCCAGAUGGACGUGCCAGAAAGAAAAGCAGUGGAGGUCCUCCAUGCCAGCCCCAUGGUGGUCCAUGACUGUGGAACUGCCCAGACAUAAGUAGGAGUCUCCGAGGAAUCCACCCUCUUUCUAGAACACUGGUUAAGACUCCUGUUUAUCACACAUAGGCCCACACACAGACUCACCAACUUUGCAAUGGAAACACUGGUGCCUGCAGAGCAGCAAUAACAGUGGCAGGUGCCGUACUAGGCUCUGUACUGGCCACACUUACCACUGACAGUCACCCCGUAAGGUUCACAAACCUCCCCAUUGAACAGAUGAGGAAACUGAGGCUCAAGGAGGUUAAGUAACAUUUCCAGGGUCAUAUAAACUAGUAAAUGGCAGAGCUAAGAGUCAAAUCCAGGUCUAUGUGAUUGGAGGCUGGGAUAGAGAACUGGCUGAGUAGCCAAGGAAGGUCAGUGUGAAAAGCUUGCUAUGGCAAAUAGA